CCGGUCCUGGCCCGGGUCCCGGCCCCCGUCCCAGCCCCAGCCCCAGCCCCAGCCCCGGCCGCGGCCCCAGCGCGAUCGGGACGCCCCGUGCUGCCGCCCUAGCCGAGAGCCGUCUGCCAGGUUCCUGGGCACCAUGAAGCUGAACGAGCGGAGCCUGGCCUUUUAUGCCACCUGUGACUCUCCGGCGGACAACACGGGCUUCCUCUACAAGAAGGGCGAGCGGCACACGGCCUACCACCGCCGCUGGUUUGUGCUCAAGGGGAACAUGCUCUUCUACUUUGAGGACCGGGACAGCCGUGAGCCGGUGGGCGUCAUCAUCCUGGAGGGCUGCACCGUGGAGCUGUGCGAGGCCUCUGAGGAGUUCGCCUUCGCCAUCCGCUUCGCCGGUGCCCGCUCCCGCACGUACAUCCUGGCCGCCGACAGCCAGCCGGCCAUGGAGGCCUGGGUCAAGGCCCUGUCCCGUGCCAGCUUCGACUACAUGCGGCUGGUUGUGCGUGAGCUGGAGCAGCAGCUGGAGCAGAUGCGGGCGGGGGGCAGGCGAAGGACCGAGCCCCAGGUGCCCCCACGGCGGGAGCGCUCGCUGCCCUCAGGCGGCUCCAAGGAGAACGGCUGUGCCGUCUGGAGCCAGGACUUGCCCGCCUUGCCCAAUGGGAGCCUCCCCAGGACGAGCCACGAGGGGGCCCCCAGGCCCCCCCCACUCCCACCCCGGCCUAGGCCCUCCCUGGGCAGCAACCCCGUCCCCCUGCUGGUCCCUGAGACCCCCUUCACUGUGGGCACCACCACCUUCGCGCGGCUUCACGAGUGGUAUGGCCAAGAGAUUCUGGCCCUGCGGCAAGAGUGGCUGGAGAGCCGAGGCCAGCUGUAACCCAGCCGGGGGAGAAGGGGGGGAAGGACCCAGAAACACUGAGUUGUCCGGACUCGUGGUCCAUCCAGGGGAAAAUCUCCCUGCCAGAAAGUCCCUCGUCCGCGAGGCCCUCACGGUCAUCCCGACAGAAAUAGCCCUUUUCCCCUCUGACUCAUGCUUGGUCCUGGGCUGCUGAGCCUGGCUCCGGGGCCAGGCAGGAGCCUACAGGCCGGCCCCUAGGGCCUGGGCAGCCCCCACUGUGAUUUCCCUCCCUUCUGCCUUUCUUUAGGACCCUUCUGGAGGAGGGGCAGCGGGGAGGGAGGACCCCCCUCCUGCGGUACAGCGUGUCGUGUCUGUGUCUCUGCGUGUACGUGUUCUCUGCGUGUGCGUGCGUCAUCGUUUACAGAGCAGCCUUUCUCAUUCUCACCACUCUACAUCCUCCAGAAUGUCUGGAAUCCCACCCGCCCCUGCUUCUCAGGUUGUCUGAGGAUUGUCGUGCCCCCCGACCCCCAAAAUGGGCCGCCCCCCAUCCUCUCCCAAUGUCCCUAGGAAAACAGUUCUGUGACUGGGCUCUUCCCUUGGCCCAUUUUACUGAUGUGAAAACUGAGUCUCAGGAUGGAGAAGUGACCAGAACUAGAAGGGACCUUUGAUUUUACCUAGUCCAACCCCCUAGUUUUAGGGAAGAGGGAGGUAAGGCCCAGAGAGUGACAUGUCCAAGGUCACACGUGUGGCCAGGCCGUAAUCGACAUCGGCUAACAUUUCUAGGAGGCCUUAAGGUUUGCUGAGCGCUUAUAUCCAUUAUCAUUUGAUCCUUAGGACAGCCCUGUGAGGUGGGUGCUGUUGUCCAACCCAUUUCACAGAUGAGGAAACAGGCCCGUAGAGGUGGCUUGGCUCGGCAGGGUCACACCGCUAGCCAGUAGGUGUCUGAGGUAGGCUCUGCAGCCAGACCCUCACCCUCUUACUCCACUAUGCCCUUGCCCAAGGUCAUAAUACAAUUCCUGGUCUCCUGACUUCCAGGCUGGCGGUCAUUCUGUGCCUCAGUUGUCCUCCCUCACAGACGGGCUUGCCACUUUCCCUCAGGCCAGCUAGAGGACACAGUAGGUGUCUUGGUGGGGCGGGCGGUGCCGGCAUCCUGAGCUGGGCCAUAUCACUUUGGGGGGUUCCUGAGGAGGGGGCCCCCCUGUUCCCUGACUCAAAGAGCACAAUUCUUUCAAUUAUUCAAAGAGAUUUCCGUUUCUUCAGCCCUCCCUGGAGAGGCCACAUGCGGUCUUAUGUGGAGGAGAGCAAACCUGGCCUUGGGAGGUAGAAAGACCCGAAUUCAAAUCCUGACACACCAAGUCACUUAGCUUUCUCAGUGCCUUCCGGUAGUCUUCUGACUCCACAUCACAGACUUCCAGAGCUGGUGGGGCAUUUCUAUGCUGGGAAUUCCCUGUACUGACCCCAUGAUUCCCUCACAAAAGACCCAGGCCACCCUCCUUCAGACCUUGGUGGUCUCAUUGCUCCCUUUCAGUCCUCUGGAAGGAUGCCCAGGACAGACCCCUGAAUUCUUAGAGUGGGCAGGAGCCUCAGUCAUCAGCUGGCCCGGUCCAGCCCUUUCCUUGGCCGCAGGUGGAUGCUGGGUCCUUGGGGGUCAGAUGUCUUGUGUGAUGUCACGUUGACUUAGUAGCACAGCUGGGAUCUCUCCUUUCUCCACAUCCAGGGCUCACCUUACCUAUAUCCUGCUGCCAAUAAAACAAUCCUCAGUCAGACAUUAACAGGGCAUCUACUCUGUCCCCGCCACUGGCCUAGGUAUCAGGGCUACAGGAGCAGGACGAUUUCUGACCUCCCGGAGCUCACUCUGCCUUUGCUUCCUGGUGUUCAUUUGUAUCUGAGACCUCAUCCAUCCAGCUAAAAAAUAACAGGACCCUAAUUCCAGAAUUGUCCAGAGGAAGCAUCAUAGCUAGGGGGAGAGAGAGCCAGGAAGCUGGGGGUGGGGAACCCAGGGCAAGGCCUCAGGCCCCUUUCUAAGACCUAGAAGUUGCACUUGUGGAGGGAUGGGCCUCACCAAGGAAAUUUCAGGUCUGGUAAAAAAAAAUCAAGAUUUAGGACUGUGUCAUAGUUAGACACCGGCUGCCAGGGCUGCCCUUUCUUGUAAUGUUUACGUUAACCCUGGCAGCUUCUGGAGGUGGUGAGUUCUCCAUCACAGGAGUGCUUCAAGGAGAGGUUGGGCAGUUGUUUGUUAGGUACUUUGGAAGAUUCUUGGUCAAGUAUAUAGGCAGAUGACCCCGGUCCCUUUCAGCUCCUCAUGCUGAGUGAUGAGUUCUGAAGUUCAGGGAUGUCUUCCUGGUAGCUUGUUCUUAUUGGAUCAGCUGGAAGAGAACCUAGAGGCCAUCACCUCCAACCCCCUCAUUUUACAGAAGAGGAAACUGAGGCAGAGAGUGGUGAAGUGACUUUCCCAGGGCCAUACAGCUAAGCAUUGGAGGUAGGAUUUGAAGUUGGGAUUUCCUGACUCCAAGUCCAGACCUCUAUCCACUGUGACUCCUAGCAGACACCUCAUUCAAGAGGAGCUGGGGGUGACCCCCCUCCAAGACUGGGGCUUGGGGGUAAGGUCCCAGAAGACGCUGGAUGCUGCCUCCUCCCAUGACUUAGUGACAUGUUUUUAGUUCUUAGAGUGUGACGUGUUUCGUGGGUAGGUAAGUGGGUUGGGAGGGUGGGUCUCCACACGGUGAAUGAAGAGGUACCCGUUUGUCUCCAUUCCAGGCUUGCCGGCAGAAGCCUUCAAGGCCAAUUUUCUGCCUGGCUCUCCUCCAUCUCACUGCUGGCCCAGUGGGUAUGGGUGGGGCUUAGAUGAUAAUUAUUAUUGUUAUUAUUAUUAUUUUUUAAGAACUUUGGGCUUACCCAGGUACUUUGCGAUUUGUGGGUCAUCCGCCCUCCCUGGUCCAUGGAUAGUGAUUGAAUUUGCAAAGGAACAUUGGGACUGGAUCUUCUUAGAGAAACCAUUCUUGGGGGGUGGUGGGCAUCCAUUGAGAAGUGGAAUGACUACACGCUCCUCCUUCGUCCCUCUUUCCUCUCUCCCAGAAGUCCCUGCCAGGGCUGCAACAGUGGGGGAACAGGGCAGGUUGAGUUGGGGGGUACCUCCUCACCCCUCAAGCUGUUUAAAGGAACCGCAGAUUUUUCAGGCAGGUUAGAAUGUGAACCCCCAUUUUACAGAUAAGUCAGAGAACAACUUGCCUGUCCUCUAGAUCUAGAGAUGGAGGACUUGGGUUCGAAUCCUUUUGUUGAUGCUUUUUUUAGCUGUGUGACCUUGGAUAAAUCCGGUAACUUCACUGUUCCUCAGUUUCCUUAAUUGAAAAUUAAGGGGGGUGGGGAUAGCUUGCCCCUAAAGUCCCAUCCUGCUCUAGACUAGACUUAGGAUUCCAGGCAGUGAUCAGAGUGGACGCUAGAACCCAGGGUCCGGACUCCCGCGGUGCCUUUGUUUCCUUUGCUGGCUCUGGGCAAAGGGCUUCCUGGCUUUUCAUGGAGUUGUAUGUAGAGAUGGGAUCCGGGUAUCAUCGUGGAAAGAGCCACCUCAAACCCAGAUGGGUUCAAGCCCCUUCUCUGACUUACACCGACAGUCUGGUUCUGUGACUGCUCCAAUUAUUUAACCUCCCAGACCCCUAGACCACUCUCUGAAGCUCAACUUGCUGAGGAGGUGCUACCAUACAUCGGGAGAGGUUUCCUCAUCCAGAGGGUCCAGUCCUCAUCCCUAUCCCUGGACUAGAGAGAAAGAAGGCUUAUGGCCGGGAGAGGUUGGACCUGC